GUAUUCCCGUCACUGAUCCCCCCUCUGCAAAUGGACUAGUCCAGCCUUUAUUAAGCUGCUGCUAGCCGCGUGUGAGGAAGUGUGCUCGCCAUUUUACUUUUGUUUGGUUUACUCUUCGGAAACAGUUGUCUUUCAUCAAUUAUUUCGGUAUCUUUUAUGAGUACUCAAAAGCAGCAGAAGCCAACGCUAACAGGCCAGCGUUUCAAGACACGCAAGAGAGAUGAAAAGGAGAGAUUUGACCCUACCCAGUUUCAGGAACACAUCGUACAAGGACUAAAUCAAACUGGCCCUGAUUUGGAGGCUGUUGCCAAGUUCCUAGAUUCCUCUGGUGCCAAGCUUGACUAUCGGCGCUAUGCAGAAACCCUGUUUGAUAUCCUGGUGGCUGGUGGAAUGCUGGCUCCGGGAGGUGCCAUAUCUGACGACAUGACUCGCACCAACUUCUGUCUCUUCACCGCAGAAGAAGAUGUGACGACCAUGAGAGCGUACGCUCAGGUUUUUAACAAGUUAAUCCGGCGUUACAAGUACCUGGAAAAGGGUUUUGAAGAGGAGAUCAAAAAGUUGCUGCUGUUCCUAAAAGGGUUCAGUGAGUCCGAGCGCAACAAGCUCGCCAUGCUCACUGGCAUCUUACUGGCUAACGGGAGCAUAUCCGCCUCGAUCCUGGGCAGCCUCUUCAACGACAACCUGGUCAAGGAAGGAGUGUCUCCGGCCUUCGCUGUGAAGCUGUUCAAAGCGUGGAUCACUGAGAAGGACAUUAACUCUGUGGCUUGCAGUCUGCGUAAGGUCGGCAUGGACGACCGGCUGAUGGAGCUGUUUCCGGUGAACAAGCGCAGCUACGAGUAUUUCUCCAAGUACUUCACCGACGCUGGGCUGAAGGAGCUCUCUGACUUCUCCCGUAACCGGCAGUCGUUAGGAGCUCGCAAGGAGCUUCAGAAGGAGCUGCAGGAGCAGAUGGCCCUGGGCGUCUCCUCCACAGAGAUUAUCGCCAGCUGCAAGGAGGAGAUGAAGCGCAGCAGCAUCUCUGAGCAGAAGAUGGUCGGGAUCAUGUGGACCAGCGUCAUGAGCUUGAUGGAGUGGAACAAGAAAGAGGAGCUGGUCGCGGAACAGACCAUCAAACACUUGAAGCAACACAGCCCUCUCCUGAAGGCCUUCACCACUCAGGGCCUCUCUGAGCUCACGCUUCUGCUGAGGGUCCAGGAGUACUGUUACGACAACAUCCACUUCAUGAACUCCUUCCAGAAGAUCGUUCUGCUGCUCUAUAAAGUGAAUGUCGUGAGUGAAGAGGCCAUCCUGAAGUGGUACACCGAAGCCCAUCUCGCCAAAGGAAAAGGCUUCUUCCUGGAGCAGAUGAAGAAGUUCGUGGAGUGGCUGAAGAGUGCAGAGGAGGAAUCUGAGUCUGAGGAGGAAACGGACUGAGACUCUUCCUC